AUGUCCGACGCUAUUCCCUUUCACCCUUCUGACCCCAGUCGGACUCGUGUCAUAAUCGUCGGGGCAGGCCUGGGUGGUCUCGCGUGUGCCAUGGCUAUGCAUCAUGCUGGCUUCGAAGUUGUCAUAUUCGAAAAAGUACGCGAGUUUCUCCGCCUAGGCGACUCUCUCGGCCUCGGCGAGAACGCGCUCAAAUUGCUACAAAGAUGGGGUCUGUACGAGGAAUUGAUUGCCAUUGGCAAUAAGAGCCCUAAUAUGAACAUUCGGCGGUGGAAUGAUGGAAGAAUUCUCGCGACCCAGCCGCUAAUGGAUAUGGCCGGAUAUAUUGGUCACAGAGGAGAUUACCACGUAGCAUUUAUCAACCGGGUAAAGCAGCUGGGCAUUGAGAUCAACAUGGGCUAUGAAGUUGUUGCGUUUGACGAGGAUGCGCCGAGUAUUACGCUCCAGGAUGGCAGGACAUACUAUGCAGAUUUGAUCGUUGGGGCGGAUGGCAUCAAAUCCAAGGCUCGAGAGCUCGUUUUGGGUUUCAGCGAUGCACCAAGGAGCUCCGGCUAUGCGUGUUACAGGGCUUUCUUCAAGGGAGACAUCCUCAAAGACAUCCAGCCGUGCCAACCCCUACUGCAGAAAGAUUGCGUUAAUAUCUGGAUUGGAGAAGACAAGCAUCUUGUUCAGAAUACACUACAAGAUGGCAAAGAAUUCAACUGGAUCAUCACACACAAGGAUACCGAAGACAUUCAAGAAAGCUGGUUCCAGCCAGGGAACAUGGAUGAUGUUCGUGAGCUUGUCCAGGGCUGGGACGAGACAAUUGCGUCGGCAAUUAAAGCUACACCGAGCUGCCUUGAUUGGAAGAUCUGCUAUAGAGCUCCGCUACCAACGUGGGUCAGCAAAAGUGGAAAGAUUGCACUUUUGGGAGAUAGUUGUCACCCGCAUUUGCCGACAAGUGCACAAGGUGCGUCACAGGCGACAGAGAGCUCCGCUGUGUUAGCGUUUUGUAUGAAAUUGGCGGGCAAAGGAAAUGUGCCUCUGGCGACCCGAGUCUAUGAGAAACUACGGUUUGACCGUGUGCGCCAGGCGCAGCUAUCGGGCGAAGAUCUACGAAACAGAUGGCACAAUGCUCUCAAACACUUGAAUGACGGAGAGGAAUUUGACCCCGAUGACAUCAAGAUCAAGAACCGCUGGCUUUACCCAUACGAUGCCGAAGCUGAUACACUGGCGCGGUGGAGUGAAGUCAGCGCAAGAACGCAAGUCGAGCUUGAUUCGGGCAAAAUCACGCCGCUCUUCGGCGAAGAAGGUCCCCCUCGGGUUCUCACUGUUCGCGAUGCAUAUGGCAAAAUUAAAGACGCGGCCUCAGGUGAGAACUCGGUGCUUCCCGGAUUGACGGUGUGA